GGAGACGUCACAUGGAGGGAUGCAACAGCAGUAGCUGCUACACCACUAAUUACACAACAUUAACAUAACUAGCUACUGAGAGCUAACCUGGCUAGCUAAUUGCUUCGUCUUCUUCAUAGAGUCGGAAUUGCAAAUCUGCAAGAAACUAAAUUCAUAAGACGGUGCAAAACUGGAAAGCAAUAUUACGGUCACACACAGCUACCGUGGCCUCUUCUUGCAUUCAGUGGGCAGGGUAUUCUGGCUAGCUAGCGAAGUCUACGGUAGCAAACUCUACCUUGGCUAGCGUCAGGCUAGCCAGCUAGCUAGCUAGCUACUGACAUCGCCUAGCUAGCUAGCGAGCUGUAGUAACUUACGUCAUGGAGGAACUAGUCGUGGAAGUAAGAGGGACAAGUGGGGCUUUUUAUAAGGCCUUUGUAAAAGAUGUUCAUGAAGGAUCCGUCACUGUAGCAUUUGAAAACAACUGGCAGCCGGAGCGUCAGAUCCCAUUCCAGGAUGUGCGCUUUCCUCCACCGACAGGGUUCUGCAAGGAGAUCAAUGAGAGCGAUGAGGUCGAGGUCUAUUCCAGGGCAAAUGACAAAGAGCCAUGUGGAUGGUGGCUAGCCAAGGUUCGCAUGGUCAAAGGGGAGUUUUAUGUAAUAGAGUAUGCCGCAUGUGAAGCCACAUUAAAUGAGAUAGUGACACUGGAGCGGUUACGGCCAGUCAACCCGAAUAAACCAGCCACCAAAACCACCUUCAUAAAGAUCAGACUGGAUGUACCUGAAGAUCUACGGCAAAUGUGCUCCAAGGAGUCAGCACACAAAGACUUCAAAAAGGCUGUGGGAGCAUUCAGUGUCACCUACGACUCAGAGAAAAAGCAGCUGGUCAUUUUGUCAGUGAAUGAGGUCACGACAAAGCGGGCCAAUAUGAUGAGCGACAUGCACUUCAGGAGCCUCCGCACCAAGCUGUCUCUAAUGUUGAGGAACGAAGAGGCCAGCAGACAACUGGAGAGUUCCAGACAGCUGGCGUCUCGGUUUCAUGAACAGUUUGCUGUUCGGGAUGAUUUAAUGGGGCUGGCCAUUGGGACUCACGGGGCCAACAUUCAGCAAGCACGUAAAGUUCCUGGAGUCACUAACAUAGACCUGGACGAAGAGACCUGCACCUUCCACAUAUACGGAGAGGACCAAGAUGCUGUCCGUAUCGCCAGGAGUUUCUUGGAGUUUUCCGAAGAUGUCAUCAAAGUUCCCCGGAACUUAGUAGGGAAGGUGAUUGGCAAGAACGGCAAGCUAAUUCAGGAGGUGGUUGAUAAGUCCGGUGUGGUUCGGGUCCGUAUUGAGCCUGAGAACGACAAAAAAACAUCAGUGGCAGCGGCGGCGGCAGCAGCAGCAGCAGCUGACGAGGUUAGUGAGGGUGUGUGGGUGUGUGUGGGUGGGUGGGGGGGACUUGCUUCAUGUUCCUGCAUGAAAAUUCAUCAGAAUAAAUACACUGGUGCUAAUUCAGCAAGAGAAUUUAAACUUUCAUUGUCUGAAUCUCUGCCACAGGGAAUGGUGCCAUUUGUAUUUGUGGGAACCAAGGAAAGCAUCUCCAAUGCAACAGUACUACUAGACUAUCAUCUCAACUACCUUAAGGAGGUGGAUCAGUUGCGUCUGGAGCGUCUGCAGAUUGACGAGCAGCUGAGACAGAUAGGUGGAAGCGGAGGAGGGGGGACAGGGCCCCGAAACCCUAAAGACAAAACCUACGUGUUCGAUAACGGAAUGGGGCUUGGGAUGGGCCGAGGAGGUGGAGGAGGGAAGCCCUAUGCAGGAGGGGGAGGAAGAGGUGGACGGGGGCGGAGAGGUGGAGGAGCUUCUUUUGCCUCAGGUACCAACUCUGAGGCAUCCAACGCUUCAGAGACGGAGUCGGACCACAGAGACGAGCUCAGCGAUUGGUCGCUGGCCCCCACCGAGGAGCUAAUGACAGGAGGUGGGACCCUGCCCAGACGGACAGAUGGGAGGAAGAGAGCAGGCGGCGGAGGGCCAAGAGGACGAGGAGGGAGAGGAAGAGGAGGGGGAGGAUAUAAAGGUGAAGACAUGCAUUGGAAUGAUGCAAGACCUCGCCACAUUAGAGACUCAAAGACAAGAGGACAAGAAGACACUCUGCAGAUCCGUGUGGAUGGAAACAACGAGCGUAGCGUGCAGCACUCCUCAGGCGGCCGAGGAGGAGGAGGAGGAGGUGGUGGUCCUUCCUCAUCCCAGGGUGUUAUCAGUGGCAGCGGUGAGGGACAGCCCCGCCAUCACCAUCAGAGACCCACGAGGGACCGAGGGAUGAAGAAGGACAAACAGGACGCUCCCCCCGCGCUGGUGAACGGAGUGUCGUAGAUACCCCACUGGAGGACCUUCUCACUUAGACACACAUACACAGGCAACUCAUCACAAGCCGUUGUAGAGUCUCAGUCUCUGCUUUUUCUUUUCUGUCUCUGUCUAACACACGAAUACACAUAUUUCCAUCAGCAUCGAAGCGUUUACAGUAGUGAAGUCUUAGGCUGCAGGUGAUCUGGUAUCUGCUAGUCUGGUCUGUCCUUGACUGGUGUUGGAUCUCCUGCCCGUUCUCUGGAUAAAAGAAACAGUGAAAAAGGGAAAGAAGAGGAGGGAUUAGACUAAAACUCAUGUUACACACAAUCAUUAACCCCAAACAUACUCCUGUCCCACUAAACCAACUACACAGAGUUUUGUUUACUACUAAAGAAGUGAGGCAAAAGAAAAGGAAAUCAUUGGCUGACAGGAAUCAAAGUAGUGCAGCCACUGGAGACGGCAGGAUGAAAUACGUGUUCCCUUCCUCUGAAAAGCACACUUUUAGGAGGUGGCUUCAGUGUUUGCAGCAACUCUAAAUUUUAUUUUGGAUGGUCUGAAAUCUCCAACUCCCAAAAGUUCCUUUAUAACUAUUUUGAGCAGAGAAGCAAGUUUGAGUCUCUGUGGGAAAAUCAGCUGCAUUUUCCACAGAAACGUUUGAGGUUAACUGUUAAUUUAAAACAUCUCUUUAAUAAGGGGCAGGAAUGUUUUCGUGUCAUCCAAAUGACGUAAAAUCCUAUAGGGAUUCAGACUGGAAGAUGAUGUUUGUAGAGGGCACUUUAUGGAUUUUCUUUUCCUUUCUUUCUUUCUAAUGUAGUCUUUUUUUUUUUUUUUUUUUUACAUUUAAAGCAUCCAUGUUUCAACAUGAAAUUCAAACAGGGAUGCAUGAGCUCUAUAGUCACCUGUGUUUUGUUUCCUAUUUCCUUGAUAUUCUGAUUCAGUAACGUAGAAGAUGUACAAAUGGAGAGGCAUAAAUCUGAGGCACACUGACGCGUAUAAACCGCUUAAACACAGCAGCUCCCAAGAGUGUUUGUCAGGGUACAUGAUGUCAUGAACUGCUCUCCUUUUUAAAAGAAAUUAUUCACCUGCCACGUGAGCAGGUCACACCCCCAUACAGUGACCAGAAAUGCAUUAUUCAUGGGUGUUUACAGUUAUUCUGCCAUAAACACUGAGUCGUGACUCAACAUGUCUGCAGUGGUGUUCGGCCACAGUGGGGGACUAAGCUCCCUGAACCCAUUCAUCUCAUCUGUAAAGAGCUGUCAGCAGGAAUCACCAUCCUAUACCAGACUUUUCAGCCUCUUCAGUGAAGGGUAUAGGCUGCAAGCUAGGCGUACUUUGGCUCGUUCCACUUGUAUCUGGCUUGAUGCCGGUUAAAAUAGUUUCUUUUGCUUUCAAACAGGAUGCUUUUACAGCAGCUAACUCCUGUCACACCACUUUUUUUUUUUUUUUUUUGUAAUUUAUGAGAAUCUUUGUAUUUAACUUUGCCAUGAAAAACGUAUUUCAAGUGUAACUGUAGAGGAUGUGACAGAGUGUUGAGUUUUUCCUUGACAAAAUAAAAAUUUGGCCUAAGUUUUAUUCUUUUUGGUGAUCUUAUUCCUGACCUGUCCAGUUGACUUAACUAUUUUGUUUUUGUUUUAUUAUAUUUUAGAGCAGAGAAGGGUUCUGAAGUUUUCUUAAACUAAUUGUCUAUACUAGCAGUCACGCUCCAUCCAUUUAUUUUCUUAACUAAUUCUCUGAUUCAGGGUGUUGGGGACUGGGGGCUUAUCCCAGCUGACUUUGAGAGGCAAAGGUCACCAGUCCAUCACAGAGCUUUUUCCAUCCACAGCCAAUGAAGUAGAUGGAAAAGUCUUUCUUAUCUCUGUGCCUUUGAUUUAUGCUCCUCCAUUCUCUGAAUUUGGCCUGAACAUAUCAAAACCUUUUAUGCUGCCUGUUCAAGCCCAGUGUAACACCCCUUCUUUAGGACACACUGUAGAAUGGGUGAUGCUGUUUACAUUAGUUGUAAUUCUUUUGAGGAGGUCUAACUUUGUGACUUGCUGAGGUAUUUUGUUCUAGAGCGAGGCCAGUUUUCUGACCUCGCUCUGUGCUUUUCUGCCUUGAGUUGAAACUCUUUAAGGCACCAAUAUAAAGAAACGGAGCAUCAGUUUGUCUUCAGACUGUGUGUAACCAGCACGUGCUUUCAGACAAAGGAGCAAGACAAACUUCAAGCUCUUGAGUUGUCGUAACCUGCUGUUCAGUUGACACCUCGGUGAAUUACUGACUUCCUAAAUAUUUUGAGUCGAAGGAUUCUUGGGUACAGCGUCAACAUCCAAAUAGAGUCAAAUUUAGGUUGCAGUAAGGUUGUUAAGAUCAUGUACCUUGUCAGUCGUCUUAAAUUCAAAGUGAUUGCUGUGCUGUAGACAGGCUAGUGUAGAAAGGUACCUGUGGAUUUAUGAUUAUUAUGAUGAAAAGGAACCUGAUAGUUAGAAUAAAGUGAAAGUCAAUAUAAAAGAAAACCAACAAAAAACACUUCUUAAGGUUUCUCUGUGCAUUUGUGGGCUCGUUUUACGAGAGCUUCUCACCACUUAAGCUCCUAGCGCAAUUUCUGGACUGGCAGGUUAGCUGGCAGGUCAUCAGCAGCGACAACAGACCUCAGAGGGUUAAAAUUCAAUAAGGAAAUUGAUACCACUCUCAUUAGUAUACAAUAAAUAUGAAGCUUGAGCCAUCACACAUUGAGUUUAGCUUAGCUUGCCCGCAUUUACCCAGAAUGAACAAAACUCGGUGACCAUCACCUCUGAGUGUUUAAAUGAUUUCCACCAUUUGAGGUUUGAUUGGAACGCUUGAUUUUUGUCAUCCUGUAACGCCUCCUUUCAUGCGGUGGUUUUAAUGGGGCCAAAUAGGAAAAUUAGAAAAUUAUUAUUCAGAGGAGUGGAUGGAAAUGGGCAUUAGUUCUUUCUCUUACCUCAUUUUUGCCUUGCUUGUUGUGUUUAGCCACAUAGUAAAAGUAAUAAUAAUAAAAUGGCUUAAAAGUGUUUUCCAAACAGGUGAAAAUGCUAUUAAAAUCUAGUUCCUAACCCUAGAUGGGUCACCUGUGACCUGAUGAAUGUUGAUAGGUUUAAUAGUCAUGGUGAGAAACUCCAUUUAAAUCUAAACUAGAAUGCUCAGAGAAACCUUAACUAUAUUUUUUGUAACAUGUGCCUUUUAAUUGUGGCUACUAUCACAAUGUAGACUUGUAAAUCAGGGAUGAUGAGACAUUAAUAACGGACCAGGUGUAUAAAGAUGGCUGCUCCUGUAGUGAUGUAAUUAAGUCCUCUUUGGUCGUCACUGACAAUGCUGAGCAUCUCGAGCUUCCUCUAAAGUCUAAGGGCCGCUUAAGAGACGGGUGAAUUUGGCACGUCAGGAAACCGCCUUCUUUAACCACCUGAUCCUCUCUGAACACUGAAGGUGUUGUAACCUUGUACAGUUGACAAACGUAAGCCUGUAGCUUGUGACCUGGUUCAGCCCAUUUCUGAAAUGGAUUCAGUUACUUCUGUAGGCAUGUGCAGUUCGAGACUUUGAGUAGCUUCACACCAAAGAGAGGCAUGUUCUCUGUAACCCCCCCCAAGAAAGACAAAAUGGUGUGACCCAGUGCAACUUCACCGUCUCUCACCGAACUGAGUGAAAGGAACUGAUAAGAUUUCAGGGGUUGAGCCAGGUCUUCUCUCUAACAGACGUCCAUGUACUUUUUGAGUGUUGUGGUGCAUGUACAUCUUUAUUUUGGAUCUUAAAAGAUAUUCAGUAGAUUUGGACACAUUAAAACGAUAAGUUUAAGUUGUUUUUUUUUUCUUUUUUUUUUUCAGUUGUCCUUGACCUGAGUUCAGCUAGCGUAGCCAGCGAUGAGUAACAUCUUGUGUCAGUGAAGGAGACAGCCGUCACCUUAGAGACAGUAAUGCAACUUUUACCUUGUUUUAGGAGACGUCACAGGAAACUGUUGCGUAACAUGAGUAAUGAAUCAUGAAACAGGCUUUCUUUAGAAGUUCAUUUUUCUUUUACUAAAAGUAUUAUGGCUCUCAGCUUCUCUUAUCACUAAUAAGUUAGAACCUUUGCUUUCACUGCAGCCAUGUUGCUUUUUUCUCUCUGUAAGCAUUUUCUGCAGUGCAUCGACAAAUGGCUCAAGUAAAAGUAACCUCUAUAUUGUCAGUAGACCAUCAAGAGUGUGGAGUUACUUUGUAUUGUAAAAACAAACAAAAAAGGUGGUUAGAAAAAGAAGGAAGGAAGGCAUACUGUAUAUAAUGAUGUCAUUAUUUGUGUGAGAAAAAGAUUUGUACUUUUGUUUCAAAUGUGCACUUAUCCUGAUAUUUUCUUUUUUUGCUGUUUAAUAUCAGUUAAAUGCUAGAGCUCUUGAUAAUAAACAAUAUGUGGAAAAAUAGUAUCCUCCAAGCAGGAUUGAGUCACAUACAGCUUUCAUUAAGAAUGAGAUGUCCAUAAUUCUGCACAACUUCCCUAAAAGAAGGUUUUGUUUUCUGUUUUUUUGUUGGUUUUUUUUAACCAGACAGGGAAAAUCCACAAUGAAUUAUUGAAACCACAUACAGAAGGCUUGACUGAUGAGACCGAUGUCUGAUUUUAAAGAUAAGUUGUUUCAGUGGCAUUGUAUAGUGGACAGGUUAGUUGGCUGGUUGCUUUUCUUUUUUUUUAAUAAAAGUAUCCACUUGUUUCCGCUCCCAAAGCUUAUUGGGUUUCCCUAAUUUACUCCAUCCAAAAUAUAUCAUUUAUACACCUGUUCAGUUGGGUAAAAUAAAGUUUUAAGUGUACACUGACUUGACUGGUCAUCCACUAGUCCACCGAUGGACCGUGUAGGGUUAGGGCUGAGUUUUGUCUUAGUCGCGUGAUAGAUUGACAGACAUUUCCAGUGUUAAUCUUUUGAAUGAUAGCCACAAAUUUAAUAAAGGGUGGAGAUUAAACUAACUAGAGCGGAGCCAAUAUAUCAGCCGAUAUUAGCAAUUUGCCAACAUAUUAAAGGCAUUCAGGGGGAAAGGUGCUCAAACAUAAUGAGAUGAUCAUGUUUGUGUGCUAACGGGUGCCGCUAAGAGGUGAUUAGCCUAGCUAAGCGCAGCAUAAAAUAACUUUGGUUGUUCAAAGACUUAUUGAAGACAAACUGAAAUGUAAAAAUAUGCUGGUUUUGGCUUGAUUGUAAUUAAAAAAUAUUCAAUCAACUUACUAGAUACAACUUGUUACUGGGUGGCCAUAAGUCUGCUGUUUACCGCAUAUAUUCCUAAUGCCAUGCUAAGCUAACCACCUCUUGUUUUUUUUGCACACAUCGGUCUACCUACAAGCACCUACCAGCUUUAGUAAAUGCUUGCUUCCUUCCGUAACUGAAGUAGCCCAUGUUUAAUGUGGAUUUUCCCUUUAAUUUGUGGAUUUUCCUUUGAUUUUAAAGCCAGUGAACUUGUCAACUUUCCAUGUACAGAGACCCAAAUAAGUAAGGAGAGUUUUGUUAGGAUUCCCUUUAUCUCUUUUUCUUUUUAAACAGUAUAAAGUUUUCAUAAGGUUAAAGGUGAGACUUUUCUUGUAAGAGCCAAUUCUCUCUGAACUGACAAAAAAAAAAUCCUUGUACUGAGUCUACAGAUGUCCUACUUUCACACUGUCACACCAGUGACAAUGAAUGACAGCGUUUGUGUCUGAGCUUCAACCUGCUUGUUGGUGUAUUUUAUUGUGCCUCCUAACACCAGGUUCAGAGUAGAGGUUUUUAACUGCAGGGGUGAAAAACUACAUUUGGCAGAAGUUAAGUUUGUUGGCUUUUUUUGUACUUUAGUUGCCUUUUUAGGGCCAUUACUAACAAAGUGUAGUUCUAAACCAAGGCUUGUACUAUUGUGGAAAAUGUACAUUUAAAAAAAAAAAAAGUGGGUGAAGGACUGUUGCAUGCUGACCAUUUGGGGUCAUUGGAGAAAUGGUACUAAGGAAGCCUUUACUUUCAAGUCUCCAUAACUUACUGGUUGUGACAUUUUUAUCCAGUUCUGUGGUUUUCAAGUGACUUGCAAUAGAGACAACUAACUGAGUAUCCUGUGAGUCAUUGCAGAAAAACUAGGAAAUGGUAUCUAGGCGUGGAAAAUGCUGCAAAUGUGGUCACAAGGAAUGGGCCAUCAUCUAGAUUUCUGAAAUAUUUGAGAUCCCAUAAAACAAAAGUUUAAGACAAGAAACUUCACUGUGUCCACCUCAGUGGUACUUAAUUGCUCGGGACCCUAUGAACAAUGCAAGGAUGUGAACAGUACUACAACACGUUACUUGGCACCCCAGUACCAAGCUGUAUAAAUCUUAAUGAUGGGUUUUAAAAUGCCUCCCUAAAAAUGCUGUUAACCCACAUGAAGUUUCUAAUUGUGUGUUCUGUGUGAGCUUGUGGGUUUGGAGGUUUGUCUGCUUGUGACAUUUUUGAUCUUUUUAGCAUUGUCAUUGCGAAUAGACUGUUAAAAUAAGAGAGAGCAGAAAUAAUUUUUCACUGGAGACUUCUGCUUUACAGGAAAAAAAAAAAGAAAUGGCAUAACUGAAAGUUUACUGUCAGUUGACAUAAAUAUGACAAUAUAAGUAAAAGAGUUUUUCUUAUGAAAUGUUGCUAUGCUGAGGAUAUUUUCUGGCAGAUUGUCGGGUGGUAGCUUGUUUUUUUGUUGAUAGAGGGGGGAUGUUAAUGAUUUGAUGUGCAUUUGAUGUGGAUUCUUAUUCUUACAGCAGCAACUGUUUUGACUUACAAAGGCGGUCGCGUGACUUUAAGUAUGGAUCCAACCGUGUACGCGAAUCUUGAUCUUUGACUGGACAUGCCAAAAGAGAUGCUCUUUAUACAGGCUUUCUAUAUGUGUCAAACACACAAGGAUAAUGCAGAGAGCUGGGGAGCCAAAAUUCUGCUCCUUUUAACUGUAAUACAAACCCAUGUGACCAUUUGCAUCCCUCACUAAGCCGUUGGUUGUGUCAGGGUUGCAGCAUGGUUCGUGGGGAACCAGCUAAAGAGAAAACCUAAAAUUGUCAUUGUUGUUGGUUGCUAUUCCACAGCACAUGUCAGCAGACAUUUAUUUGCAGAAUGUAUAUAACAUAAGCAAAUACUAUCUAGACACAUUGUUGGCUAUUCAACUAUAUUAUGCCAGGAAGUGAAGACACGCAGAGAAUCUGUAGAUACUUCAACCAGGGUAGUCAAGAGAAAAAAAAAAAAAAAAAAAAAAGCUGUAAAACCUUGUGUGCACUUUUGGGCAUUUUUCUUUUCUUUUGUACAUACUACUACUAGCAUUUAAGAUGUUUGGGUUGACAUGUCUGGUUAUAGUGCAAUAUAUUUUGUAUGCAAGCAGUUUCAAUAAAUAAAGGUCGAUCUUCCUCAGUUA